AUGGCCGCGAUGUCAGACGAAGAACAAAAUCUCAAAGAAUGCGAAUCUUAUGUUCAGAGCCAUAAUAUACAACAAAUAUUGAAAGACUGCAUCGUUCAGUUAUGCGUAAAUAAACCCGAGAAUCCUGUUGUUUUCUUAAAAGAGCAUUUUGAACGGAUUGAAAAGGUAUGUAUCAGAUAUAAAAAAAAAAUAUUUAUGGCCUUAUUUUGA